GCUCCUCCCGCCGGUGGCAGCGCGGCGGAGCUACAUAAAGCCAAGCCCCCGCCGCCCGUGCUUUGGCUCGCCGGCAGUGCCCGGAGGCCGCAGCCCAGCGGAGCCACGCGCAAAAAUUAAAAAAGAACGCAGAGCCGUCGGGGUCUGCGGAACAGCAGCUCGUUUCAAAGCGGACGGUCGCAGAGCUCGGGGAGCCUCCUCGCCCGGGACCACCGGCAUGGCUUUAGCCGACAGCGCCCGGGGGCUCCCCAACGGCGGAGGAGGAGGCGGCGGGGGAGCCCGGAGCGGCGUCCCUCGAGCUCCAACGGCCUCUGAGCCGGCCUCGUCCCCGUCGUCGGGUCCCAUCCCGGAGAUCGUGGAGCUGAACGUGGGCGGACAGGUGUACGUGACCCGGAGAGGGACGGUGCUGUCGGUUCGCGGCUCCCUGCUGUGGCGCCUCUUCUCGCAGCAAGAAGCCACCGACCUGCCCCGCGACGCCAAAGGCCGCUUCUUUCUGGAUCGCGACGGCUUCCUCUUCCGUUACAUCCUGGACUACCUGCGCGAUCAGGAGCUGGUCCUGCCGGAGGGUUUCCCGGAGCGCAACCGUCUGCGCCGCGAAGCCGAAUACUUCCAGCUCCCCGAGCUGGUGCGCCGUCUGGCGGCCUCGGGAUCCUCUCCGGCCCUGCCGCCGCCGUCUUCUCGCUUCGCCGGGAUGCUGCGCGACUCUUCGGUGUGCGGGGACGACCCGUCGGGAGGGCUGGGCUACUUAGAAGCGGACUUCACCGAGACCCCGGCCUCGGCUGCCUCGCCAACUUCGGGCCGGAGCCCGUCGGGGCCGCCUCCGAUGUUGGCGACUUCUCUCUCUCUGGACGCCGGCGGGGGCGUCGCGGGAGGACGCCGCUCGGGGUACAUCACCAUCGGCUACCGGGGCUCCUACACCAUCGGUCGGGACGCGCAAGCCGAUGCCAAGUUCCGUCGGGUGGCGCGCAUCACGGUCUGCGGCAAGACGGCGCUGGCUAAAGAAGUCUUCGGGGAGACGUUGAACGAGAGCCGAGACCCGGACCGGCCCCCCGAGCGUUACACCGCCCGCUACUACCUCAAGUUCAACUUCUUGGAGCAGGCCUUCGACCGGCUGAGCGAGGCCGGCUUCCGCAUGGCCGCCUGCUCCUCCACCGGGACCUGCGCCUUCGGGCCCGAGCAAGGCGGCCCCGCCGAAGACAAGAUCUGGACCAGCUACACCGAGUACGUCUUCUGCCGCGAGUGAGCCCGAUGCCCGUCCCCGGACGGUGGGGAGGGGGUGGAGGGGAGAGAAGAGGGCCGUCGGCGGGGCUGUUGCGGGAGAGACAGGUCCGGUCCUCGCCGGAGAACCCCGCUUUGCCCUUUCCCACGGGCGCCCCUUCCCCCCCUCUCUUGUCGGUGCCCUCCCCGUCCAGCAAAGCGGCUCUUUCAGGCGGCCUUUGGACCAGAACUGCGGACCUCCAUCAGCGGGUCCUUGGGUCAAAGUGGUGCCCCCUGCUCCAGUUUAAAGCAGCCCCCUCCGAACAAGAUUCCGUCCCCCCGUGGCGAGGGGAGCCCCCCCCCCCCCCUCUGUUCCCAGACGGGGGCCCGCUGCUCCUGGGGAGGCUGGCGGGCGAUGGAGACUUUAAGCUGGCCUCCUCUGCUCAACGUUGCCCGAGCUCGGUUGCUGCCUUCCCCUCUUGACUCAGAGGCCGACGGCUUUGCUGCUGCUGCUGCACCCAGCUCCCCCUCUCCCUCCUCGAAAAAAUCCGCUACCCCCGGUUGCUUCUUAGCUUUGGGCCCUGGAGAACGAGAAAGCCAGCCAGCGAGCGGAGUGGGGGGACUCCGUUCCACCGGCAUCCGAGCGCCUCGGCCUCUUGAAGCAGCAUCUCCCGUCGGACGCCGCUUGGGAACUCGGAGGGUGGCCCAGCUCUCCUCCCUUCCUCGGUAACCAGAAGGCGAGCUUUGCGCACUGCAUCGGCAGACUGGGGGGGGGGGGGCUGAGGUGGGGGGGGGGCGCGGGGUCCCCGAUCCGGGCUGGAAAAAGCAGACCUCCGUUGGAGCGAUCGCGUCCCCCCUUCCUCCACGCAGGAUUCCGGGGAUUGAACCCCCAGGCCUGCAGCCUCUUAGGGUUUUGAAAGAACCUGCGGAUGGGUCGUCGAGGGAGGUGGGGGGGCAGGUUGCUGAAAUGGGGUGCUUUCAGAACGAGGCUGAGGGGGGGGGGCGUCGCCUCCCCAAAGGCAUCCGGGACACGAGGCUGAAAUCCCCCCUCCCCUCCUCAUCCUCUUCCUCAGUAUAGAAAUAGGAGUCUGUGCGUGCUUGAGGAGCUGGCUGAUGGUGCUACAUCUAAAGAACCCCCCCAAAAAGUAUUUUUUUCCCCAGAUCAGGAUGCAGAAUUUUAACUAAAGACAAGCACAACAGCAGGACACCUCUCUCCCUCCUUCCCUCCCUCCCUCCUCCUUUGAUUUCAUCUUUUUGGCAAUUUAAGCACCAAGGCCACAGGUCUAAAUCAGAUCUUUCUUGCCUGAUUCCCAAAUAGGGGAUGUGGUGCAAUUUAAUCUCCUAGUAAUCCUUCAAAAUUAGGUUUAACACAUAACAGUGUUUUGAUUCCUGCAUUGGAGUUAACAGACUCGGAUGAGUUAUUCUAACCAAAGAAUUCUCCCGUGUUUUAAUUUUUUUUCUCCCCUUCCCUUUUGCUUGAGGUUAAUGCUUUUUAUUUUUUAAGAGCGUGAGAUGAUUUUAAUCCAGGGUUUGCCUAUUAGAGAUUUUUUUUUUAAAAGAAAGGAUCCUCGGGUUUUAGUCUAUGUGCAUAAAGAGAAAAGGGGAAAAUAAUUGAGAUUCAAGUAGGUCUCAUUCAUUCCUGAUAUUUUUGUUUCUUAAGAAACCAGAAAUGCUGGCUUAACUGGCUUGCUUACUAAACCAGAAUCUUUGUAAAAACCUUGAUUCCUGGUUUGUUUGCAACAGCAAGCCUGUUUUGUUUCUCUUUCUAGUUCAGGAAGAGACCGGAGGAUUCUUAUUUGCUGGACCACAUAAUCCUUUAGAGUGCAUCUCCCUUCAUGAGUGGGAACCUGCUUAGUGAUUUAAAAAAAACCCGAAACUUUUAGGAGUCAGGCUGAACAAAAGCUGCUUUUCAAAACAACUGGAUUUUCUUCGGGGGGGGGGUUCCCUUGAAAAUGUCUUGCUUCUCAUCCGAGAAGUUCUGAACUGAAGAAGCUUCUUGGAUGAGAAGUUAAAUGUUUUCAAGGAAAAAAACAAACAAACCCAAGUCAGUCUAGUUGCCUUUUGCGGGGAAAAAAAAAAAACACCUUUGGGACAAACAUGACCUGAAGGAUUGAGAAUCUCCAUAGACAAAUUCUAGCUGAAGUUUUAUUUAAAAAAACCCAGUCACCUUUACCCCAAUGCUGAAACAUUUGAGUCUGGUAGCUUCAUUUAGUUGGAACUGUCUGUAAAUUGGGAGUUGGGGUUAUUUUUUGAAAGACAGCAAGGGAGAGUGAGUGAGUAUGGUGUAGGGUCUCCUGCUUGAGUGGGGUGGAAUGGGGGGUUGGACUAGAUGAUCUAUAAGGUCCCUUCCAACUCUGUGAAUCUGGAGAGAGAGAGAGAGGGAGGGAGGGAGGGAGGGAGGGAGGGAGAGAGAGGGAGAGAGGAGACAAUUUUUUUAAAAGGACAAGCAAUAAGCUACUGCAUCGUGGAGAGCUUCCAGAAAAGAGAUCUAUCCCUCUUACUCUAAGCCUUACUCUAAAACCAUCCCAUUUGUGCAUACUUCAGCUCUGUUGCAAUGGAGAAGAUAUUGGUUGAAAUUCAAUGUUACGACGUCAUCCCCAAAAGGCGGUUGUAAGACUUUUCUAAUACAUGUGGAGUAUUUCUCUCUCUGAACUAUAUUUUCUAAAUUUUUGUAAACAAUCCAGAUUUCAGUAAGUGCUUAAAUUAGUUCUAAGCUUUCUUUUUUUUUUUCCUGUUUUGUUUUGUUUUUAAAUAAAUCUUGUACUGUAGCUUAUUAAGUCUGUCCCGGUUGUCAUGAACGGAGGUGUUUUGAACUGAAUUUUGUGACUCGGUGUGUGUACAUAAAGUGUAUAAACAUUUUACACGAAUCAUUUAGUUUUUUAUUCAUUUAUUAGUGCUAUAUCUAAAAAAAAAACUUUCAUAUGCUGUAAACUGUACCUGGGCAUAAUGCUUUAAUAUGAAACUGUGUUCCUGUAUUGAUUUAUAUGGGGAAGACUUCAGUAUGAAUAUAAAUGGAAUUAUGAAAAUA